GUAAGACGUGCUUCACAGUACGAAGGGAAACUUUGCAACGAAUGUGAGACGGAAGAUGAUUGUCUUGAACGCAUCGAGUUAACUUGGGAGGACACGGGAAUCUGAAGUGUCGCUGGAGUUACUCUGGGGAAUUAACUUCAUAAAAGCUCACGAAAAUCUGGAUGAUUUUAAUUAAAUGGACAAAUAAAGUGGAGAAGUGAAGAUGCUGCCCACAUGCAACCAGCGGCGCUGCGCUUAUGCAAGGUAACAUGACGUGGUGACUGAAUAGAAACUGUUGGAAUUAAUGCAAGAAGACCAUUUAAAAUGACAAACAGCACUGCAACACCCACGGACCCCACUAUCCCUGUUAUAAUGUUUAUAUUCGGGGUGGUCGGCAAUGUCAUAGCCAUUGUUGUACUUUGUAAAUCCAGAAAGGAACAGAAAGAGACAACGUUCUACACUCUGGUUUGUGGACUCGCAGUGACCGACCUCCUGGGAACCUUGCUUGUGAGCCCCGUUACCAUCGCCACCUAUGUGAAAGGAAAGUGGCCGGUAGAGGGAUCGUGGCCAGGGGAAGACCCGUUGUGUCAGUACUCUGGAUUCAUUCUUCUUUUCUUUUCUUUGGCGGGCCUCAGUAUUAUAUGUGCCAUGUCAAUUGAAAGGUACAUGGCCAUUAACCACGCGUACUUUUACAACCACUAUGUGGACCAAAAACUUGCUGCUUUGACACUUUUCGCCAUUUAUUUUUCAAACAUUUUAUUCUGUGCCUUGCCGAGCAUGGGACUAGGUCAAGUGAAGAAGCAGUUCCCGCAAACUUGGUGUUUCAUUGACUGGAGAAGUAAUGUGAGUACGCACGCAGCGUUCUCCUACAUGUACGCUGGAUUCAGUUCUUUUCUCAUUCUGUCCACGGUUAUCUGUAACAUAUUGGUGUGCGGAGCUCUUAUCAUGAUGCACAGACGGUUUGUCCGCAGAACUUCGCUCGGCACAGACCAGGGCAGGAUUGCUGAUUUAAGAAGAAGACGGAGUUUUGGACGCAUGGCCGGUGCAGAAAUUCAAAUGGUCAUCUUGCUUAUUGCCACAUCUGUGGUGGUCCUUAUUUGUUCAAUACCUUUGGUGGUGCAAGUGUUUGUCAACCAGCUCUACAGGAAAGAGGUGGAGAAGACCAUUAAGAACCCUGACCUCCAGGCUAUACGCAUUGCCUCAGUCAAUCCCAUCCUGGACCCCUGGAUCUACAUCCUGCUUCGUAAGGCUGUGCUCCUCAAAGUCAUUGAGAAGAUCAAGUGCCUCUUCUGCAGGAUCGGGGGCCGGAGCCAGCAAAGGCCGGGGAACUUCCACUGCAUCGACGGGCAGCGGUCAUCCUCCAUCAUCUCCCGCGACUCCCCCUCCCUCAUGUGCCGGGAGCUGAGGGAGGUCACCAGCACAUCGCAGACUUUCCUCUACCUGCCCGAAACCAGCGACAUCUUUACGGGCGGCUGUCAGACAGGACAGGCGGAGCCGGGCCCCAUGGUGGAGCGCUCCUCUUUGAAGGACCUCAGGAAAUCCGAGUCCUCGGGCGAACACGCCCCCGACUACAGGACUUCGGAAGGCCAGCGCGCUCACACAAGCCUGUCGAGCCCAAGCAGGCCUCCUUCCUACUCGAAGGACCAGCCCCUGCAUGUGACAUUCACGGGGGAAGCGUUGAGCUUGCAGGAGAAAUGCAUAUAGUUCCCUUCAGAGUUCUCUGGGCGGUUGAGCCAGAGGAUGACGCCUUGGCCGCUGACAUGGAUGAUGCAAUCAGGACUUGUGACUUCCUUGUUUUUCUGGGCCACACAGAGUGACUUGAUAAAAGAUUACUGAAGUGUUCCUCGGCUGCUCCAAUAAGUCCUUGAGCUAAGAUUUGAACUGAAAAACUGAAUUUCAGUUUUGGUUUGUAUAACUGUUCAAUUCUGAAAUUGGACUCUGCUUUGGAAUUUACACUGACUGAACUAAGCUCUGUGCAAAUCAUUAGAAUCCAUACUAUUUUCCAUUUGUCACACUGACUACCAUAAGCAGGAUAUCAGUAUAUCUUGCAGUCAUAUACACAUUAUUAGGAUGUUCAUACAUCAUAAGUAUUCCAUGUUCAUCAAUGGAAGGUUUUAUUUUGCUCAUGCUUUACUCGGUUCAUAUAUACAGCACAUACAGAAUGUCAUAUGAAUUCAAGAUAAUGAAUAUAUCACAUGAAAGACAACAUCUGUAGCACUUUUAGAAACCACUGAAUUUUGGGGCAGGGUUCUUCCAAAAUAUUUGGAGCAUGAUUUUAAGGUUUUAUCGAUCACUUGUCUAAAUGACCUGUCGUUAAAUAUACUGUCAAGAUGCUGAAUGUGAACUGUCCUGAUAGCUUAAUUUAUUUUCUAGAUAAAAAAUUCUUCUCUGUGAGAAGGUGUAAACUGACUGAUUAUCAGUUGUAAACAUUUCAUUUCAAAUAGGAUAAAUCACCAUUUUGUUCAACGUUUGCACACAUUUCAGCCUUUACCCUAUAUAUUUGUAGCAAAUACCUGAUUCCAAAAACAAAGCCAAUGAAAUUGCAGCAGUUUUUAAGAGCACCCACAAAAAUUCCCUACAAAUAUGAAGUGACUAUCACAUUAAAAACCCUGAGCCGUUAAAUAUUUUCAUACCAACUGAUAUAAGCAUUCCUGUCAAGUUUUUUUAAUUGAUUACAGCGGUAGUUACUUCUAGAAAAUUGCAGGACUGCAUGUUUGCUUCAUAUGAGAAGAGGGGAAUUCAUUUACAGAUAUUCUGUUAAAACACCUGUACAUAGUAUUCAUGGAUUUAUGUACUUUUGUCAUUAUCGGUUGCUGCUUAUGUGCAUGUCCAUUGCUUAUAUUAAAUCACAGGUUUCCCAGAUGAAUGAAAACCAAUGAACUGCAAUAA